CUUAAUUUAGCCACUGUGCCCAAGGAGAGACGGAGGGGAAAUGAUCUCGCAAGACGUGGGCACGGGGCCUCCGGAUGCCACCCUGGCAGUGCCCUCCGCAAACAAGAGCCUGGGCAGCCUCUCCGCCUUCACCUUGCAGGGCCUGCCCGGCCUGGAGGCUGCCCACUUCUGGCUGGCCUUCCCGCUGUGUGCCCUGUACGUGGUGGCCCUGGUGGGCAACUCCAUCGUGGUGCUGGUCAUCAGAGCCGAGCCGGCCCUCCACACGCCCAUGUACUUCUUCCUGGGCAUGCUGGCCGGGGUGGACCUGGCCCUGGCCUCCUGCACGAUGCCCCGGGUCCUUUCCCUCUUCUGGCUGGACGCCAAGGAGAUCGCCUACCAGACCUGCCUUCUGCAGAUGUUCUUCAUCCACUCCCUUUCGGGCAUGGAGUCCACCAUCCUCUUGGCCAUGGCCGUGGACCGCUACGUGGCCAUCUGCCGCCCGCUCCAGUACGCCACCAUCCUCACCAACUCCGUGACGGUCAAAGUGGGCCUGGUGGCUGUGGUGAGAGGGCUGGCCUUCUUCCUUCCUCUGCCCUUCCUGCUCGACCGCCUGUCCUUCUGCGAGUCCCGGGUCCUCCGGCAUUCUUACUGCCUCCACCAGGACAUGAUGAACCUGGCCUGUGACAAAGACAAGCUGGCCAUGAACGUCGUCUACGGCCUGAUCGCCAUCAGCCUGGUGAUGGGCCUGGACUUCCUGCUCAUCCUCGCCUCCUACCUGUUGAUCCUGAAGGCCGUCCUAGGGCUGAGCUCCUGGGAGCAGCGCCUCCGAGCCUCGGGCACCUGCGUGGCCCACCUCUGCAUGGUCCUGGCCUUCUACCUGCCCCUGAUUAGCCUCUCCGUCAUCCACCGGUCCACAGAAGACGUGUCCCCGCUGCUCCAGGCCAUCCUGAGCAACAUCUACCUCCUGGUUCCACCCGUCCUCAACCCCAUUGUCUACGGGGCGAGGAUGAAAGACAUCCGGAAGCGGGCCUUGAAGUUCAUGAGGCUCAGCCGGAACAGGGAGCCUCACUGAAGCCAGAUGGCUGGGGGCAGGAAACCAAGCCGGAGGGUUGCUUUCUUCAUCCCAGGAGGAGGCAGAGGGAGACAGGCAGGGCUGGGAUGCAGCCGGUUUGGACCGGUUGGGGCGAACCGGAGGCUAAAUUUGCACGUGGUUUGCCAAACUGGGAGUCGAACCUACCG